UUAUAAAAGAGAAAAAAGAAAAAAGAAAAGAAAAGAAAAGACAGAGAGCCCUGGAACUGAAGUGAAAGUAACAAAACCCUAGCCUUCAUUUCCCUCCCAUACUCUCUCUCUCUCACUCUCAAAAACCAAACCUCCACAAUCCACAACAAUGUCAGCCAUGAUGCAACCGCAGAUCAUACUUCUGAAAGAGGGAACAGACACCUCGCAAGGAAAGGCGCAGCUAGUCAGCAACAUAAAUGCGUGCACCGCAGUCGCCGACGUGGUGCGGACCACCCUGGGUCCCAGGGGUAUGGAUAAACUCAUCCACGACGACAAGGGCAGCGUCACCAUUUCCAACGACGGCGCCACCAUCAUGAAGCUCCUCGACAUCGUCCACCCCGCCGCCAAGAUCCUCGUCGAUAUCGCCAAGUCCCAAGACUCCGAGGUUGGUGAUGGAACCACUACAGUAGUUCUGCUUGCAGGAGAGUUUCUGAAGGAGGCCAAGCCUUUCAUAGAGGAUGGGGUCCACCCGCAAAAUUUGAUACGCAGUUAUCGGAUUGCAUCCAAUUUGGCACUUGAAAAGGUCAAAGAACUAGCAGUUAGCAUAGAGGGAAAAAGUCUAGAAGAAAAGAAAAGCUUGCUAGCUAAAUGUGCUGCUACUACACUCUCUUCAAAACUCAUUGGGGGAGAAAAAGAAUUCUUUGCCUCAAUGGUUGUUGAUGCUGUAAUUGCAAUUGGGCAUGAAGAUAGGUUGAAUAUGAUUGGAAUAAAGAAGGUUCCUGGUGGAAACAUGCGUGAUUCCUUUCUGGUAAAUGGUGUUGCCUUUAAAAAGACAUUUUCAUAUGCGGGUUUUGAACAGCAGCCAAAGAAAUUUUUAAAUCCCAAGAUACUUCUCUUAAACAUCGAGUUGGAACUGAAAUCUGAGAAAGAAAAUGCUGAGAUAAGACUUUCAGAUCCUUCACAAUAUCAGUCAAUAGUCGAUGCUGAAUGGAAUAUCAUCUAUGACAAGUUGGACAAAUGUGUACAGAGUGGGGCUAAAGUUGUUCUUUCAAGGCUGGCCAUUGGUGAUCUAGGCACACAGUAUUUUGCAGAUCGAGAUAUUUUCUGUGCUGGUCGUGUAACAGAAGAAGAUUUGCAUCGUGUUGCUGCUGCAACUGGAGGGACUGUACAAACAUCUGUCAACAAUGUUAUUGAUGAGGUUCUUGGGACUUGUGAGCUUUUUGAGGAAAGGCAAGUUGGAAAUGAGAGGUUCAAUAUAUUUAGUGGAUGUCCGUCUGGCCUAACAGCUACCAUAGUUUUGCGUGGUGGAGCUGAUCAGUUCAUUGAGGAAGCUGAGCGGAGUUUACAUGAUGCAAUCAUGAUUGUUAGAAGGGCUAUGAAGAACUCCACUGUAGUUGCUGGUGGUGGUGCUAUAGAUAUGGAGAUAAGUCGAUAUCUUAGGCAGCAUGCUCGCACAAUAGCCGGGAAAUCUCAGCUUUUUAUCAACUCUUAUGCUAAAGCUCUUGAGGUUAUUCCACGGCAAUUGUGUGAUAAUGCUGGAUUUGAUGCAACUGAUGUUCUAAACAAAUUAAGACAGAAACAUGCCCUACAAUCUGGUGAAGGCGCAAAUUACGGAGUGGAUAUCAACACUGGUGGAAUUGCCGAUUCAUUUGCUAACUUUGUCUGGGAGCCAGCGGUUGUGAAGAUCAAUGCUAUAAAUGCGGCUACUGAGGCUGCCUGUCUUAUUUUAAGUGUGGAUGAGACAGUUAAAAACCCAAAGUCUGAAAGUGCACAAGGAGAAGCAGCUGCUAGUGCCAUGGGUGGUCGAGGGCGUGGAGGAGCAGGUUUUCGUGGUCGCGGACGUGGCAUGCGAAGGCGAUAAGCACUUAGAAUUAUAAUUUUUGGAAGCCUUGUAUGCAUUCCAACUGGUAAUUUUGCUAUUUUGACGUGUGGAAUUUGAGUGACUUGUCUUUUCUACUGUCAUACACUUUGCCACAGGUAAGGCUUUGUUAUGAAAGGUGAUGAUGACCUACUGGUAGUUAGGAGCAGCAUAUUGUACUUAAAUCAGAAUUCUAUAUGCAAGGGCAACGCUUAAUUUGUUUUUCUAGAAUUAUAAUUGGUGGUAGCAAUUUUGAUUGGAGCUUUUUUAUUGUUUGUAGUACAUUUCCCAUUUUGUAUUUAUUUUAAGUAUUCUUUUUGGAGGAUUAAAUUUGUGUUUUGUGGCUUGUACUGAACAUGACGAAUUUGUUCGUAGUUGAAGUUAUUUAGUUCUCAAA